AUCGAGAGAGGUGCACUCAUCCACCAUGUCUCUCCUUCGUUGCACCCAAAUUAUGCCUCGGCGAGGUCUGUCGAGGUCUCUUGUCGCCACCGCUCGUGCUUUAUCUACGGAGACUAAGACUCCAUCGACCGCCGAGAAAUCGAGCGGCGAAGUUGUUCCUCAACCUACGAGGGACAUAGUAACUGCAGAUGUCGUUAGCGGUGCUCCUGCUGAGCUGCGCCAUCGCUCUGUGAGGAUAUUCCAGCCCGCUCGCAGUACGACCCAAAGCGGAACUGGAAAGUCCAACCGGUGGAGAAUUGAUUGGGAGAUCUUGGAAGGCGGUGGCAGAUGGGAGAACCCUCUCAUGGGAUGGGCGAGUUCUGCGGAUUACAUGCAGGGUACCCGUAUGUCAUUCCGAAGCAAGGAGGAUGCGAUCCAUUUCGCAGAGAAACAAGGUUGGGAUUAUUUCAUUGAGGCACCGGAAGUUAAGAGGGUCCCACCAAAGAACUACGCAGAGAACUACGUGUACAAGCCCAACAAGCUUCGUAUUCACAGGACCAAGUAGUCUGUCGGUAGAUGUGCUAAUUUACUGUUGCGUGAAAGUGAAGGACUUCCCGCAAUUAGACGCCCUGCGCGUCCAAUGAGAUUGAAUUAUUUCU